GUUCUCGGUUCGGCCUCAGCUCAGCCGGGCUGCGCGUUUCCAUAGUUUCGAUUCCUUCGCGUCGCGUCUGCUUCUGUUUCUGCUUUCGCACCCCCGAAAAAAGCCCCGCUUGACCCUGCGGAGCAGAAUUGAGAAGGGCAAAGUUGGUUCGCCCCUUUCCUCGGGAACGCAAAUUUCUCGGUGUCGUUCACGAUCGCGAAUAAAAACCUCCAGCGUGAGACUUUCGGAAAUUGAAUAUCGUCGAACAAAGGCGGACCUGGCGCUGCUGCUGCGGUAGAUGAUUCGACGUAAAUAUUGCGCGGCUUGUCGGCUGGUGAGUGACCCAAAUCAAGGUGCGCAUGCUCUCCGCGCUUCUCUGGGGUGCGUUGUGUAGAAGAAGAAGAGACGUGGGUGGAUGAAUGGACGGACGGACGUUACUUGCGGGGUGUAGUGCACGGAAACCACGAAAAGCAUCCAGACUUCGCCUUUUUUCUCUUCCCCGUUUCAAUUUCCGCACUCGCGCCGCGAAAUCUUCCAGGAGUUUGUUCCUGAUUCGGAAGCCACUUGUUCGGUAGCUUCGUUUAUACAUCCUUUUACGCACUAUCGCCGCUCCGACUCUCGUACACGCGCGGAAAUCAAUAUCAGCUGUCCUUGCUUUAUUCCCUGUUGCAUGCAGAGUCCGACCCGUUGAUGCUGCUGCUACUUACAUGGGUAUUUCUCAUUCUGAUGUUCUCAUGCUUUGUAAUUAAAUUAACGCGUUGUAAAUUCGCGAAUACUGAUGCACACGUAUGUAGCUCGGAGGCGAUUGCUAGCUUGAGUCGGGGUGGGGUUGAAAUUCCAAAAUUGCAAAGUUCCGAAAGCGUAAAAUAACGAAUUUUUUCACGACGAAAGUUAAAGUACAGAAAUGGAACUUGGACGAAAGAUCGAAGUUUCGAAUAGUCCGAAACCCGAAGUGCGAAAUUCCGAAAGGACAAAAUGUCGAAAAGGCGAUCGAAGAUGUUCAGUUCUAUGAAUUUCACAACUUUGAUCUUUCUUUGUUUUGGAUUUUCGAUAUUUUUACACGUUGAGUAAACUACGCUGACCGAGUAUAUUUAAUUUUUCGCAAUUUUGCUCCAACGGAACUUUACUUUUCGAUAAUUGAGAGUGCAGUCGUCGAAUGCAUACGUACGUUACAGGAUUAAGGGCAGUGAUAGUUAUAUACAUAGUAGGGAUCGGGGAGAGUUUUUUCAACUUCUGCCCUACAUAUAUACACAUAUAUAAGUAUAUAUGUAAUAAAUACGCGUGAAAGAAAUUCUAGAUAUUCGGUAUAGUUGAAACGAGACUUGGGCAUUCUAAUUCUAGUAACGUAUGGACAUUCUCAGGAGUUCUUCGAAGUUAAAUCUGGCUUCUCCAUAUCACGUUGUAGAGACCAAAGAUCUACACCGAAUGCACGAUAUUGUCUUAUACGCCGCGUCUGUAUGCCAUAAGUACACAACUUUCACCGCCGCUAUUUGGUUUUAAAAAUUCGUACACUAAGAGAUUAUUUCCAACGAUAAGCUCCGCAUAGUAAGUAAAAGUACAUAUGAACGCCUGUAACACUUGACAACUUCGUGAUUGCUUAUUCUCGAAUAUACGAAAUUAUUAUACCUAUACGAAAAUAUGUCGAGCGGAAUUUUUCAACAAGUUAUACAUACAAAUAUUUAGAAUAAAAAUUGCGAACGGAAUUAACAAGUAUGAAUAAUUCCACGUUGCACGCCUUCGGCAGUGUUCCCAUUCUGGCGCUUGGUGAUCUAUUCGUUUGAUGCAGGACGAAACCUUCAUGAAUUGCUGCCCCUUCAUGACGCGGCUAGGGGAGCGAAUGGUCAGCAUGAGCUCGAUGCUCGUGGAAACAGUCAGCAUUAAUUACGAAGAUUUUAACGAAAGUUUUUUAACGUGUGGAACUUGUCUCUGCGUGUACGACGGCAGUGAACACACACCAAAAUUACUACCAUGUUCGCAUACGGUUUGUCUCCAUUGUCUGACAAGGAUCGCUGCGUCACAAACCAGAGAAGCUGGAGCAUUCCGAUGUCCUAUUUGUCGAGAACUGAUCACUAUUCCUCGAGGUGGAGUGCCGGCAUUACCACCAAGUUUUUUGGUUAAUCAGUUGCUCGAUCUCAUGUCCAGGCAGAGGCGCGAGGUCAUCCCUAAAUGUUCGGUCCACAUAAAUCAAGAACUUCUAUUCUGCGAGACCUGUGAUACUGUAUUUUGCACAGUCUGCACUGGCGGCAGCCAUGCUGGCACUUCACCCGGAUGCACGGAACACACUAUUAUUCCUUUUAGUAUCGCCAUUAAACGUAUGUCAGAAAUACUGCUCUACAAAGCGAACGAGUGUAUAUCCAAGUUAACUCAGGCGCAAGAUUCGGUCGGCGCUGAGCUCCGACGCCUCGAUACUGCCACAGAGAGAUGCUUGAAUGCUGUCGACACAGAGUUUGCGGAAAUAAUUGCGCGAGUAGAAAGGAGGAAAGUGGAGCUCCGAGCAGCGGUUACCGCUGCGGCAAAAGACAAGAAGCACGUUCUUGAAGAACAGCAUGCACUGAUUGAAGCAGAAAAGAACAAAGUUGAACGAGAGUGCGAAGGUCUUCAGUACCAGGUCGAAGUCCGAAACAUUACUCAAAGAAUUGGGAGCUUGUCAGAUCAAUUGGAUGCAGCCGUAGCUCUUAGUGAACCGAGAGAAAAUGCGUUCAUCACAGCAGAAUUUUUACACAACGAAGCACAUGCGGAAAUAGAAGCUGUGCUUAGUACUUUUGGGCGAGUACGUUCAAGCACAACACUACCAGGUUUGUGUAGAGCAAGACUGAAAGAACCUGCAGUUGCUAAGCUGCAGUCAAUAGUUGUGAUAGAAACAGUCGAUUAUCACGGACACCCCAGGAAUGCAGGUGGUGAUCCGAUCAGUGCGGAAUUGACAUUAGCGGAAACAAUUCAAUCGACAAAUUCAACACUUUCCGUUGAAACAGAGAUUAAAGACUUGGAGGAUGGAACAUAUGAAGUAUUGUUUCGACCACCCAGUGCGAGUCGUUACAUUUUGAAAGUGUCUGUUUUCGAACGACCUAUAAAAGAUCACCCUCUUUAUUUUGAUGUAACUGAGCACAAUGAACCUGUUAAAAUGUACGGAAAACGAGGUCACGGAAAAGACGAUUUUCACCAACCAGUUGCUGUAGCGGUUGAUGACGAUGGAACAAUCUAUGUUGUAGACACUGGAAAUUGUCGGAUUACAGUUUUGAACCACGAUCUGGAAUUCCAAAGGCACAUUACUAAUGAAGGAUUGGAAGGACGUAGUUGUACGGGAAUCGCAAUUUCCGAGCAAGGACUUGUAGUGAUAAACUGGAGAACCCGCACAGUUACAGAAAUGACUUCGUUUGGAGAUAUGAUACGAUUCUUUUCGUACAACGGAUUCCAGGAACCUAUAGAUGUUGCUGUGGACAGAAGUUAUGGCCACGUACUAGUAGCCGACAAUGGCCAGAGUUGUGUAUUCGUCUUUGAUUGUGAUGGAAAGAUGUUAUUUCAAGUGGGUAAACGGAAUACAUUUAAAUUGAUAAGUUCAGUGACUGUCGGACCAGCUGGUGAAAUAUUAGUCGCCGAUUCGCGUAUUCAAGUAUUCUCCGCCAAGGGAGAUUUCUCAGAAGAAAUCUACGCUGAAGGUAAAGGGAAAGGAAGAUAUGGAAGCAUUGCAGUAGAUACGGAUGGCAAGAUUGUUGGGUCUCGAUGUGACAAGGGUCGCAGUGUAAUUCACGUGCUAAAACUUGGAGGCGGUACACUGCUAACUGAAAUCGAUUCUCACAGUUCAAAACUACGGCGUCCUUCAGGUAUCGCGAUACUGCCUAAUCACCAUUUAGUCGUCGUCGACCUCGGAAACGAUUGUGUAAAGAAAUAUCGGUAUUGGUAAAUGCCAUUACACGAAACCGAAAGUAAUUCUCUCGCACGAUGCGAUAAGAUUGCGUGAAAACUCCUACGAAUCCAUUAGAAUCUAAGAUGGUGAGUGUUUGCAGGAUAAUGUUACAUAUGCAUUUAGAAAAAUGCGUAAGAUUACUAGAUUUUAUUCUACUUUCAAAGCCCUGUGUCAAUAAUUUGAUUCAGCAAUCAAUUUUCUGUGUAUAUGGGAAUUGAAUACACAAAAUGCUUAACCUAUAUUUAUCUCGUCGGAGCUUCGUAUCUUGACUCCCUAACUUUCUAGGCUUAAUGUUACGCACAAGUGCUACAAAUGCUACGUGAUGUUUGCCUAAAACUCAACAUUGCUCUGGAGAUAUUCUCAAAAUACUUAUAAACAAUCUUAGAAUAAUUUACGCUUUUUUUCCAUAGUAAUUUGCGAAUCCGCACGAAUUUAUUAAUUCAACUGCCAAAGUAAUAAUGAAAUCAAUGAACUGUAACAAUAGGCAACAUACAGUGCCUAUUCAAACAUAAACCUUAUAAAAUCACUCAAUGACUUGUGUGAUUGAAAUCGUAUUUGUUUGAUGUUACAAUACGUUAAUUUCCAAGCAAACAUUGUCCAUCGUCACUGAUGGAUUUUGCCAACAUGUGAACAAUCGUGCAACACUUUUCUGUGAAUCUCUACAAUUAUUAUUUAUUAUUUUCAGUGUUCAUAAGCGAAAUGUUACAGUUCUAUGUACAGCUCUGCUGAGAAUAUCGCUUUCUAAUAAUUAUAGCUUUGUAUUCAGAAGUAAUUUGCACAACGAUCAGGGGUUUAAACAGGAUUCAUUCAGUUAUCCGAUGUUAGUGCCUUACGAAUAUUAAGUAACCUUACUACCCCUGAUAGCCACUAACGAUUCAACAAAUACGGUCUUUUCUAGAUUAUUUUUGCGUGUCAAAAUCUUGACUAAUUGAUAGAUCAAGGAAAUAAACUUGUCCAUGACCCAAACAGAGUGAUACAUUAGUGUAAAGUAACAUGAUAUAUGACAUAUAAUUAUAUAUACAAAUAUAUAAUUUUUUUCUAAAUGAAACUAUAGCUUUAAAUUUGAUUAAAUUAGAAAAACUGAUUUUACGACCGUAACGACGUCUAAUACAUACUUUUGGAUGUAACAAAAAAGUUAUUCUCUCGAUUCAGAGAUUGUAUGUAGUUACACUCCUGUCCGUGCAACAGGAGAUUACGAAAGCAAUUACCUAUCUAUCAUUGUAGUUGAAAUUAACUGUAUAUAAAACUGGAUUGUAAAACGAAAAUGUUAAUGAAAACCACUGUGUUUCAUGUAAAAGAAAGGAAGUUUGACAAAUAACAUUCGCCAGAAAGAAUUAAUUUUGGUUCUUUUGACGGUUGAUACGAAAAAAUUGUUGUAAAGUAAAAAAAUUGUUAUUUGUAUGAGAAUUAUGUAUAAAAUGUAUAUAUAUUUUUUCAGUAUUAGGAAAUAGAAAGUGGCUGUUUAUUGAAAACAGAUCUAUAAUCAGAACGAAACGGCUCUUGGUUAUAGAAAGAAUACUGCUCAUUCAUUCACCUUUGCGUAAAUGAUCCAGGAUUUAAUGUAAAUUUACGUGAAUAUUUCUAUCUCUACAAUUCACAGGCGAAUGAAAAUUGUUUUACUCUUUACUGAUUAUCAUAAGCGAUGGUAAAAAUGCAUUUAAUAGCAUUUGAAACAUUCGUGUUGAACAUCUUUUUUUUGUUAAAAUUAACUGCAAAGAACUUGUUUAAUGUUUUCUCGUCUUGACUAAUUUGCCACUAUUAUUUCAUAUAAUUAUUUUUCGAAGCCAUUGGCAUUUGAUUAAACACGUUACUCAUAUAUUAGACAGUACAAAAAAUUGCAUUUAAAUACACGCAUUUUAACUUUGUUUACUAUUCGCAAUGCAAUGAUAACCGAAAAAGCAAAAAUUUUAGUUUCUGUUCAUGCCACGUGAACUAAAUAAAAUGUUGAAGUAAUUUACGUGUGAAUUGAAGUAAAAUGGUGGUUAACUAAUAUUUAAGUUAACUAACUAUAAGUCACGUGGCAUUUUAGUAAACUUAUUAUAAGUAGGAGAUGGCAGAGACUCUAGAGUUGAAAAGACUGCUAUCCUAAAACCAUUUUUCAUGGCAGAGUAUUACUUAAAAAUGGUUAUUUAUGGGAGAACCGAAUUCUUAGUCUUUUUUUCACUUUUUGUCACAUUCAUUUUAUAUGCUGAACAUUUAUAUCGUUUUUACACAAUUUCUAUUUAUAAUUAUUAAAUAUUACGUUGUAUUUUGUAGAAUAUAAGUAUUAUUGCCAUUAUUUCCUAUAGCCAUAAAUCCUACGUAACUUAAUCUGUGCGUAGAUAGUAUUAAAAUUUAUUAUUACAAAAUUAAUUGUAAGCAGUCUCUUUCG